GUUUAAACCAUGAGCCUCUAACCCGUGACGGUCAUGAGGGUUUUCUGCCCCUCACCGGCAAACUAAGGAGAGAUAUUUGAGGAUUGCAGUAACACAGAGCUCUAAGGACCCAGUCUAUGUAGGAAGGCAUCCCAACCAGAGGAACUGUAUUCUUCAAUCUAAUUAUCUAAUUUGGUAAGAUGAUGCUCUGUUUGUCUUCUUCAUUGACUUGUAGCUUCUUGUUGCAUGUGUACACUUUAACACAAUUAGCCUUGUGCAAAACGUUAACUCUAACUCCUUUACUGAAUAUCUCUGUAAACUGAAUUUUAAAUGGUAUGUUAUAGCCUGAUGCUGCAGUGCUUUGCAUAGUAAAAAAUGUUAGUUUGCAACAGGUGAUGCUCUCGACUGCCAGCAUUAAUAUAUAGCUUUGACAUUGAUAUCAAGGAGAGCUCAUCAAUCUAGUCAGAGCUGUUCGAUGAUGUUCCUAUUGAUUUAUAGUCUGUACAACAACCUUAUUUUAUACCUCUGUACUGUACAUGUCUUGGAUGUUGCAGAUUUUGUUGAGAAAUAAAACUUUUUAUAACAUUGUUCAGCCAGUUAUGAGCACCAGCCAGUACAAAGGAGGAUGAAAUUAAGAGGCACCAGAGAAGAGACAAGUGAAGCAGCCAUAACAAUUUUGUUUUGACAAAUGGAAAAAAGAAUUAAAAAAACAACUGUUAAAUGUGCAAAUUUUUAUGUGCAAAUAUAUUUCCCUGUGCAUGACCAAAUUGCACAUUUUUCACUAACCGCCAAAGUAACUCUGGGCUUUCUGAACAAAACAAAUGAUAAUGGAUUUAAAAGGACGAUUUAAUUUUACAAUGCUAAGUUUCAUGGUAGUUAAGUGUUCAGUUUGAUUAUUUUCUGCAUUUGGUGGCCAGCUGCUGUGGAGUUGAUGCAGAGUGUUGCUCUUGAUUCCCUGCUCUUUAAAACAGCAGCAGGUUUCACACCCGAUAGGUAGACAUAAAUAUUAAUUUUUUUCAUCAACAUAAGAGUUUUUUUCUCCUCAAAUUUCAGCUGUAUGAUCAAAAGGCUUAGGAAUUAGAUGAAAGAGUUUUAGAAAGUCACUGUGUUACAAAACUGUGCUUCGAUUACACUGUAAGUGUGAUUAAGUGAUUAAGUGAUUUUCUAUCGACUUUCAGCUUCAUGCGGUGUAAUCACACACACGGGAUGCCUCGUGGAGACUUCAACAUUUAUUUUGCCAGCAGCAGACGAGGAGAACACGUCAGAGCUGAAGAGUAUGCAUAUCUGUGUCAUUUGAAAAUCCAGGAUCAAUCUUUUGAAGUUACAUUUUUGUUUUGUAUUUUAAAUUUUGAAAUAUUUCUCAUAUGCAACAAGCAGUGAUACAGCCAAUAACUGAACUUUCUUUGUCUUUUUAUGAAUUUUUGCUGUUCAACACAGGGCAGUGGGCAUAGUUCUGCUGGUGGUCAUCAUUGCAGCUCUCCUCAUUCUGGGCUGCUGGUACUUUAAAAAGAGAAGUGGAUACAAAAUAAUCAGGGUGAGACAGUCAGUCAUUGUUCCAGGUUGUCUUUUAUAUUCUAGACUCAAAGUGAUUUGUUUUUGUAUCCUUUAUAAUGCUGGUGUGAGUGUUUUACCAAAAUCCCUUUCAUUAAAAAAAGAAGUUUAUAAUGAAAAUCUGUUUUUCCAUAUCUUUCUCCAAAGACCCCUAGAUCAGGGUCACCAGGAUUCACAGGAGGCCAAUUCUCGGAGGCAGGACCAUCGGCGGAUAACAAGAUGGCUUUAACAAACUUUGGCAGCUUUCAACCUCCGGUGAGGGAUCCGAUUGUCUUCCACCAUAUCUCCCUGUCAGCAACUAAAACUGUAUUUUGUCUCAGGAAAAAGAUAAAGACUCUGGAAGGACUUGUUUCUGCUUACCUCUUUGAAUCCAGUCUAUUAUAUUUGAUAUACCCCAGUCAAUAAGAGGUCAGACUCAACGUCUGUACAAUCUCAGGUUCAUUACAGGGGGGUACUUAGUACAAAGCCCCUCAGCUAGGAACACAUUGUGGAGCACGUGAAGCUGAUGUAAUGGGUGCCUGAAGAAGAGAUUAUUUUGUCACCAGACUAGGGGGGGGGGGGUAUUGAAAAAGUUUCAUUCCCAAGGGAGGUUUUUGUAUCCAAGUCUGCGGGAAAAGUCAAGGGAGAUGAACCAGAUCACCACCCUCUCAUAUGAGAGGACGUUGCAGCAGCUGAUUGUCCUUCAACAAGUCCCAUCUUUUCUUCACUGGAGCAGAUACCAGAGUUGUAAAACAGACAUUUGGUGAUAUGUUAACAACCUAUCUAUACAAAGCAACACACUGUAGUAACAUGAGAAGUUCUGUGACUGUACUUUGAGCUCUUGUGAGGAAUUCUUUGGCAUUUGUGAAAUACACUGAAAUUCAUAUCGAAGCCUUUUAACAAUUUCCACAAGUAAACAAGACCAUCAGCACCAAGACUGAUGAUUUUUAUAUCCUCAUUUUUAAUGUCUGAAAUCGGUAGAAGCAGCAGAAGUAGCCUUGUUUUAAACAUUUUUAGCGUAAAAUAUACACUAUAAUGCAUUUUACUGUCAGCUGGAUAGCUGUUUGGUCAAGAGACAUUACUUAACUGUGCAUAGGACAGGAUAAGCCAAGACUUAUUUGUCCACAGGGGAUGCAAAGACUCACACGAAUGGAAAAUUCCUCAUAGGAGACUUAUGGCAAUGUAAAUUUCUCUGUAAAUUUUCAUGUUUAUUUUGUAUUCUUCCAUUAUUCCCCAGGUUGCUAAUGCUCCUCCGGCCUAUGAAAAGAUUUCUUCAGUACCUCUGCCUCCUCCCUACACCCCCUGAAGGACUUCUGCAGAAGGCAGACAAGCGUCUCAAGAUGGAAAAAGAUACUGGAGAACAAACUCUAAAUUUCAUCUGUUAUCUGAUGGUAUAUAAUCUGAUGCCACUUUCAUUAUGGUUGUUUAUGCUUUGUAGCUUAAUAUACCAGUAAGAGAAAGUAUUGUAUCCCUCACUUUGUAAAAUUAUUCAAAUGAAUGAGCACAAUGUAUAUACAGUAGUAGAGUGUUUCACUAAGCAAUAAAAUGAUUUCACUAGAGUCUGUGUAUAAGGAAGCAGCUCAGACACAAUUGUUGAGGACAGUCGCAUCAUUUAUUUCCAUGCAGUAAUGUCCACAUUUGUUCAAUGAAAAUGUACCUAGUAAAUACUUUUGAAAAAUCUAUAUGGUAAAAAUAAAUAAAUGUGACUUCAAAACAUCUUUUAUGGGCUCAAACAUGUAGUACAAAUUCUUCUAUUCAUUUAUACUCUAAAAAGUAAAUUGUAGUUUUGAAACUGUUACUGGUUGAAGUAAAGACCACAUGACAGAAUCUGAAUACAGACAGUUGUGUUGUUCAAUCUGACAGAUAAAGCAGAGCAAGUUGUAUCAAUUUUAAGUAUCCAAAGUUUACUUCUUGAAGCAGUAUCUACCAGUAUUGAAAAGUCUUACAAAAGCUUGAAAUUAGUUCUGAUGUUUUUUUUCACUAUUCCUGUUCUACUGAUUUUAUGACAGUUGUCAUUACUGGCCAUUAAGUAAAAAAAGGAAAGUCAAGAGUAUAGAACAUUCAUCUGAGAGCAACCUCAACAGUUUUCACUGAGAAAAAACUAUCAGAGUAUACAUUUAAAGUAUGUCUGAUUGAGCAUACAGUUUAUCUAAGAGAAGAUCUAACCAGGGGUUGGACCAACUUUGUCCUAAAUCCAAGUUAUGAGUCAAACUACAGCAGAAGGCAGUUCUUAACAUACCCCAAGAUUGCUACAAGCAAUAGUUAUGCCUGCCAAGACUAUACAGUGGAAAAGAGGUGUCCAAGUCCUCACACAUCUGGCACAGUUUCUCUCAAUUAGUGCACUUUCUGUCUGUCGCCUGUGAAGCUUGUACAGAGGAAUCAUGUGUAUGUAGUGCUCCAGUAGAACUGUUGGGGGAAACAACUGCAGUAUCCAGUGGUUUUGGGCAGGCGGUCAGCUUUGCUGUAUUGACCUGGCCCUGAACUGUGCUCAAAACAGCGCCAUCAGGACUAAUAAGUAGUCUUGAUGAUACACUAGUAUGCAUACCAAAGGAUGAGGUCUGCAGAGAGUGCUUUCCAAGUGCAUGAUUGGUCUGAUUAACAGGCGGGUGGAGGCUGUUAUUUGACUUUAGUGUGGAGGUUGUUUGAGCUGGACUGAUUAUAACAGUGCUGCUUAGAGCAGGUGCAGUCACCACAGGCAGUGUUUCGCAGGUGCUGACAGUGCUUCCAAUUGGUGGAACUGUGGCAAUAGGCAGUGUC